GAAUCCAUCUGUGCGCGCGCCACUCGGUGUGUUUUGCUAUUUAUAGUCGAGACAAUCGAGAGCCGGUUGGAUCCCGUUACCGCGUUUUCUAGGGGGCGGCGGAGGAGCGGAUACAAUGGCCGCGAUGGACGCCAACGACGAGAAGAAGCUCGAUAUUGAAGCGUCCGAUGAGACCGCUCAUCAAAUAAGUCACGAUCCUUGGUAUCAAGUUGGAUUCGUGCUCACGACCGGAAUAAACAGCGCAUAUGUCUUGGGAUAUCCUGGAUCAGUCAUGGUUCCUCUAGGAUGGGUGGGUGGUGUUGUUGGCUUGAUUUUAGCAGCUGCAUUUUCUCUAUACGCCAACAUGCUUGUUUCCCACCUUCAUGAGAUUGGUGGUAAACGACAUAUCCGAUAUAGAGAUCUCGCUGGCCACAUCUACGGGAGAAAAGUGUACUAUUUAACAUGGACAAUGCAAUAUGUUAAUUUAUUCAUGAUCAACACGGGAUAUAUUAUUUUGGCUGGCCAAGCAUUAAAGGCCAUAUACAUCCUUUACAGGGAGGAUGGUGCAUUGAAGCUUCCCUACUGUAUUGUAAUUGCUGGACUCGUAUGUGGUCUGUUUGCUUUCGGAAUACCUCACUUAUCAGCUCUGAGGAUUUGGUUGGGGUUCUCAACAUUCUUUAGUCUCGUGUAUAUUCUUACAGGAUUCGUUUUGUCUAUGAAGGAUGGAAUAAGUUCUCCUUCUAGGGAUUACAGCAUUCCAGGAUCACAUACAAGUAAGAUCUUUAGUACCGUUGGUGCUGUGGCAAAUCUCGUAUUUGCUUACAAUACAGGAAUGCUGCCUGAGAUACAGGCAACAGUAAAGCCUCCUGUUAUCAAGAAUAUGGACAAAGCUCUUUGGUUUCAGUUCACAGUUGGCGGACUGCCACUAUAUGCUGUCACUUUUGCAGGGUAUUGGGCUUAUGGAUCCUCGACAUCAACUUAUCUUCUCAAUAGCGUGAAUGGCCCUAUUUGGGUGAAGACAAUGGCAAAUGCUGCAGCCUUUUUACAGACAGUCAUUGCUUUGCAUAUAUUUGCUAGUCCAAUGUAUGAGUACCUGGACACUGAAUAUGGGCGAGGAAAAGGGAGUGCUUUUUCCUUGCAAAACAUAUUGUUCAGAGUCGUAGUAAGAGGAGGAUACCUCACAGUGAACACUUUUGUAGCAGCUCUGCUUCCUUUUCUCGGAGAUUUCAUGAGCUUAACUGGAGCAUUGAGCACAUUCCCCCUUACAUUUGUUCUCGCAAAUCAUAUGUAUUUAAAGGCAAAGAAGAACAAGCUUUCGCUGCCCCAGAAAGCCUGGCACUGGUCGAAUGUUGUGGGAUUCAGCUUCUUAGCUUUAGCAGCUGCAAUUGCAGCUAUAAGAUUGAUUCUUGUUGAUUCGAGAACGUAUCAUCUGUUUGCUGACCUAUGAAGCAUUGGUUCUUUAUUUAGUGGUUUCAUCUCUCAGGGCAUUCAGUCGCAAAUAAAUGAUCAAGAAGUGGCUCCGCAGGUGUUGAUUGUGUUGUGCAAAUUUGGGGAUUGAUUGUACUUACUAUGCACAAAUUUGUUUACAUUCAACACAAAUAAUUAUCCAAUUCCUUGCUGGUUCUA